AUGAGGCCCUCGUCUUUCUUUUCGUCCUCCUCUUCCUCUUCUUCCUCUUCUGUCACAACUGCCACAGCUACGUCGCCCUCCGUCAAUGGCAAGGCUUACAAUUCCAAGAAUGGCAGUCCAGGGUGUCUCACGGGGGUAUUACGCCGGCUUCUUUGCCUUAAUAGUCUUCCGACAUACCCUCGCGAUCAUUUCAAAGAAGAGGAAAAACAGCCUUUAGUCAGUGAUAAGUUGCAGUGUGUGGAAGCAGCAAGCUACCUCGACGACUUCAACACACCAGGAGUAGUGGCCAGGCUAAUGGGAUUAGAAUCAAGGCCUCAUAUUAUGGAGAAAAGUCUCAAUUCAACUGGGCGAAGUCAGUCGAUGAAUGCCAUACAAUCAUUGACAAAAUUGAAGUCAAUACAAGGGAGGCAUAAACAUGGAAAGAGCUUGCGAGAAAUUUCUAGCUAUAAAGAGCUAGAAGAUGAGAGUUUUUUCAUCAUUAGCUUUGAGAGUGCAGGUGAAAUUUGGCAAGGAAUGAAAUCAGACAUGAAUUCUGGUCAGAAGAAGCAAACAAAGAAAGCUAUUUGCAAGAACAGCAGUAGAGAGAAACAGAACAAAGAAAAUCAAGAUGCAAACAAAGUUUCAAAGGGGCAAAAGCAAGGUAACUCGAUCGAUUCUGAGAAGAUUUACAGCAAUUAUAAGGUUAGCGAGCCAAUUGAUGUACUUACAAAUUCCUGUCAAAAGUCAUAUCUUGUUUUCGAGUUAGUGGACUCUAAUCACAAAGGAAGGGGAAGAACAAGAAGAAAGAAAGUUAAAUCCGAGGUAACCAAAUUGGAGACAGGUUGUGAUUCAAAAGAUUCAAGCCCGAAUUCUGUUCUUGAUUUUGCAGAAUUCCCAUCUGAACCUGACCCAGACGACCGUGAUUCAGUAGGGGUUUCGAUGUCAGCAAAUUUAAAAUUCCAGAGGACAUUAGCAGAGGAUCUUGAGAAUCACAGAAAGGCAGAGAAAAGAAGGUUGAUCAGAGAUGAUUAUGAUCCUAAAAGUAAAGAGAAGUGGGAUGAAGUUUGCCAACUUGUUGAAAGGGAGACGUUACAAUCCAAUUGGAUAUUCAAAGGGACAUUAAAGGAGGCUGAUGAUUUCCAAGAGAUUGGAGGAUAUUUGGGUCUACAAAUUUUUGAUCAACUGUUGGCUGAGUUACUCAACAACUUACAGGAAAUUCCUAGGAAAAAAUUUGACCUACAGCCUUAA